CUUUUUUUAAAAAAACCGUCCUUUCAAAAAACGAUUACCUUACCAAAUUUCUUCCUUCCCUCAACCCGCUUUCUAGCCUCUUUGAGCAUCUUUUGGCACUGUAUUUUUGUUCUCUAUUUUAAAAAGAUCGGAAGUAUUCUUGAGGAAAGUAUAACGCUUACAGUCCAACAUCUCACCCAAAUUCAUUCAACCUAAACCCAGAGUUCUCUCUUUAUCUGCCUUCGUCACACAUGUCUGGUAAAAUGUCCGAUACUUUGCUGGCUUUGUAAGAAAUUCGAGUACCCUUUUCCUUUUCCUGCUUGCUUGGCCAUGCAAGUUCAGAGCACUUUCCAUUUUCAUUGAUCGAGCUCGGUUUUGGGUUAAGACGCGGAGAAAGAGACAGCGCGAUGAAGAACAAUGAAGAUCAAGCGAGGUCCUUGUUUGGGAUUUCUUUAUCUGAUCGACCAAUAUGGCAGCAAUUCCUCAUUUGCUCAUCUGGGUUCUUCUUCGGUUACCUUGUCAAUGGCAUUUGCGAGGUCUUUUACUUCUUUAUUCUGUGUAAUUUCGCCUUAUUUAUAGAGUUGUGAUUAAGAGAUAAACCCCACAAUGGCCCAGAGUUGGUGAGAAUUAUGUGGUGUCAUCAUUUCGAACAGUAUCAGGCCUUAUGGCUUUAUUACAGUGUUUGAUUUUCUUUGGGUUUGCAUGUCCUAUAUAUAUUUGGAUAAUCCUACAUCCAGAUUUAAUGGUCCACCCAGAUCUACCUCAUAAUCCAACAUCCCAGAUAAGUGAAUGGACACUUUUUUAAAGGAAAAGAAGCCAUCAUGAUAAGCAAAUGAGCAUUCUUAAGAAGAGAGUGAUCUGAAAAACACGAAGAAACAUGAUAAUGGCAAAUUGAAAUGUGCAUCUUGUAGUGGAAAACGAACAGUUAUUGAAAUUACAAAAGUCACACGACUCACACCGGGUGUACCCUACACCCAGGACGUUAGUAAUAUUUGGCAAUUUUAGUGAUUUCACUUGAUAUAUAUAAGGGAGUAUGUGUAUAAUAGGCUUCAGUUCAGCUAUGGGUGGUAUUUUACCUUCAUACAAGGCUUUGUGUACUUAGCACUCAUACGCUUACAAGGUUUCACCACGAAGCUAAUGGUGAACCCCUGGUCAACCUAUGUAAAGCUCUCUGCUGUUCUUAUGGGUUCUCAUGGAUUAACAAAGGGUUCCCUUGCUUAUCUUAACUAUCCAGCACAGAUCAUGUUCAAAUCAACUAAGGUACUUCCUGUGAUGAUAAUGGGUGCCUUUAUUCCUGGAUUAAGAAGAAAAUACCCUCUCCAAGAAUACAUCUCUGCAUUGCUCCUUGUUGUUGGCCUGAUUCUUUUCACUCUAGCAGAUGCCAACACUUCUCCUAAUUUUAGUAUGAUCGGCGUCAUGAUGAUUAGUGGUGCUCUAGUGAUGGAUUCUUUUCUGGGUAAUUUGCAAGAAGCUAUUUUUACCCUGAAUCCUGAAACUACUCAGAUGGAGAUGCUUUUCUGCUCAACUAUAGUCGGGGCACCUUUCCUACUCGUGCCCAUGAUAUUAACCGGAGAGGUUUUCAAGGCCUGGAAAUCUUGUUAUCAGCACCCUUAUGUAUACGGCGUCUUGGUUUUUGAAGCAAUGGCAACCUUUGUAGGUCAAAUUUCUGUCCUAUCAUUGAUAGCUAUUUUUGGUGCUGCCACAACUGCAAUGGUAACAACUGCAAGAAAGGCAGUUACUUUGCUGUUGUCUUACUUGAUAUUUACAAAGCCGCUAACAGAGCAACAUUGCUCGGGAUUGCUGCUUAUAUGCAUGGGAAUUCUGUUGAAGCUUUUGCCUGAAACUAAACCUUCAGUUCGACCUAUGUCAUCUGAUGCCCCAAAGAAGCAAAUUAAAUAUCAUCUCAAAGAGUUUAAGAGAGUAUCAGAAAAAGGAGAAGAUGAAAUAGAAGAAGACAAGAGGCCUCUAGUCUAAGCUUUGAAGCUCUCUCUAGUUCUGGGUAUAAAAUGGUUUUUUAAGAAUUUGAAUUUUGGAUUCUAAUAAAUUCAGUUUCUCCUUGUACAAUAACACCGGGCUUGCAAUCUUGGGCAAUCUUUAUUUAUUUAUUUUUUAUUUAUUUAUUUUGGUAUUAUCAUUGUGCGA